CCGGCUACGUUGUAGCGAGGCGGGGCUGGAGCGGCGGGAGCGAAGGUGCGAUGGGCUCGGAGGCGCCUCGCCUGGCCCGGCAGCUCUUCCUGCGCGGCACAGCCGCUGUCUUCCUGGCCGCCUUCGCCUCGCUUUACGUCCAGCUGCCCGGCCUCUAUGGCAAAGAUGGCAUCCUGCCCGCCCGGAAGAUGCUCCGCUUUACGGGCAAAGGCUUCUGGGAGCAGCUGCGGGACUCCCCGACUCUGCUGUGGCUGGGGCCCCACCUGGGGCUGGACACGGAGCAGGGCCUGGAGCUGCUGUGCCUGAUGGGCACGCUGCUCUCCUUCGGGGCCCUGCUGCUGGAGCCCCUGCGGGACAGCCUGGUCUUCCUCGCCCUCUGGGGCCUCUACCUCUCGGUCUACCAGGUGGGACAGGUGUUCCUCUACUUCCAGUGGGACAGCCUUUUGCUGGAGACGGGCUUCCUGGCCGUGCUGGUGGCCCCCCUGCACCUGCUCCGGGGACCCUCCUCCGCCUGGAGGGCGCAUGACGGGGUGACCUUCUGGCUGGUGCGAUGGCUGCUCUUCCGGCUGAUGUUCGCCUCCGGGGUGGUGAAGCUGACCAGCCGCUGCCCCACCUGGUGGGGGCUCACAGGUGAGUCGGACGGCACAGAAACCCAACGGGGGGGAGCCAUCAUCUGGUCCUUCUACCUGACGGCCGCGGCCGUGGGCAUCCUGCGAGGACUGGGGGCCCGGCUGCCAUCCGGAGGGCUGCCCCCCGGAGGCCGGCAGAAGACGAGUCGGCUGGGCGACGCGGUGGCCGAUCCCGGCGGUGGCGGAGACCAGGCCGGCGGAGAGAAGAACGGGCAGUUGCGGAGGAAGGAGGAGAAGGCCCGGCCGGCCGGAGAGGCCCCCUCCAACGGGCUGCGGCAUACGAAGAAGAAGAAAUAA